AGUUGGCGAUUUUUGAUUGAUAGAGAUAGUAGGAACGAAUAUUUCUGUAGCUUUCCAACCAGUCACCCCUGGUAUGUUGUAGCGUUUACUCGAGGCAAAAAUGUCUUCUUCUUCCUCAAGUGGUUCAUCAACGGACACCGCAGAUUCAGAUGAAAGGGGACAAGAUUACGAUGACAAUUCAUACCAUCCCCCUCAAACUAAACCAAUCAGUCCUCCAUUAAUUGAUAAACGAGUAACAGUAGAUCCACUUCAAACAUCCACUGCGACCUCAAAUCCAGCAUGGCACAAACCAGAAAGAUCAUCACCAACUAUUACUGAAAACCUGGAUAGUCCUAUGCCAGAUGAUCAGGCUAAUCUUGGUACGUUCAAAUUUAGGAAGUUUUUUCGCAAGAGAAAAAUCUCUCCAGAGCCGGUUAAAAAGCUGAGAAUGUUGAUUUAUAACGCUUUACAAAUAGCCACCCCGACUGAUGAGAUGAACGUCAGAUUCUUAGCAGGACGCGCACAAAAUCAUGUUAUUGAGUUUACAGAUAACCAGAGAGGAGGCGUAGGAUUGGCUGUUGAUACAAAUGGCAUUAUCGAAUACAUGGGGAAUAGCAUGGAGCUGAAAGAGAAGUAUGAGGGAUAUGAAGUGGAAAGAUACAUUGAUGCAACAAAUAUGACAAUCCUGCCCGGAUUCAUUGAUGCUCACACUCACCCCAUAUGGGCUGGAGAUCGCUUAGAUCAGUACAAAGAUAUGUUAGAGAGGACACCAGAGCAAGAGCAACGUAUGCCUAAGCAUAGAGAUUAUGAAGGAGCUAUAGACAUUUCAAUCAAUACUAUGCACACAGAUGAUGAUGACAUUUAUAAUUCUCUUGUGAAACGCCUUAGAAGAAUGGUGAAGUCAGGGACCACGUAUGUUGAAUGCAAAUCCGGGUAUGGACUACUUUGGGGAGAGGAGGUGCGCCUUCUUAGACUUUUACAUCGAGCAAAGCAGCAAUUCAAAAAUUUGAUAGAUAUGAGCAUUACUUAUUUUGGAGGACAUAUUCGUCCGGGUAUUUAUGCUGGUGACUUAAGUCGGGAAAUAGUUUUCAAACAAAUACCAAGGAUCAAGCAAAUGAGGGAGGAGAAAAGUGUCGAAGUUGAUAACAUAGACGUUUACUGCGACACGGGAGUUUAUGGCAUCGAUGAGGCCAAACAUAUAUUGGAAGCUGGACAUGAAAUAGGAUUGUCUAUCAAUUUCCAUGCUGAUGAGCUGAGUCGCAUGGGAGGUACAGAGAUGGGAGCAGAGAUCGGAGCAAGAGCGAUAAGCUGCCUGCAAAGAGUGAGCAACCGUGGAAUGAAGAUGAUGGGGCAGAAAGGCACCAUAGCAGUGCUACUGCCAGCUGCUGCACACUUGAAGCGGCAAGACUUCCCCCCGGCCAGGGCGCUCAUCACCCAAAACGUGCCCGUCGCUCUCGGCUCAGACUUCAGUCCAUCGAUCAGCUGCUACAGCAUGCCCAUGGUAAUGUAUAUUGCCUGUGCAUGUAUGGGAAUGACAAUGGCAGAAUCAUUUAAUGCAGCAACACUGAAUGCAGCGGCAACAAUAGAUGACACUCGUCUCUACGGAGCAGUGGCUGUUGGCAAAUAUGCUGAUCUUGUACUUAUCGAAGCUCCACGAUGGGAGCACAUUAUAUGGCAGUAUGGCAAUCACAAUGAUUUGAUAAGUUAUGUGAUUAAAAAAGGAAAAAUUGUGAAAGGUUUCCAACCAGAUUCAGCCAGUUCCUCAGAAGCAAAUCAACCGCAGCAUGACGACUUGGACCUCAUGGAUGUGUCAGAUUGAACAGUGCACAAUGCACAAGUUCCCUCAACAUCGUCCUAAAUGAUUGAUCUAUCUAUCUUUUAACUAAGGCUAUAUUUUAAUCGUUCAAGUAUCGUCAUGUCGUAAUGUUGUUAGAGUUAAAACAUAGUGGAGCAGGAAGGUUGCUGAGAAGAUUUCAAAUAUUGCAUGUUCAAUUUUAUUGCAUACGGUGUUAUUCAGAAUUCAAAAUAAUGGUUUACAAUGCAAGCAGUGGGCACGUUUAUGCCUUAAUUGAAUAAUUUAAUUAUUAGAAGAAUUUUUGAAAUCAAAUCAUUCCUUUCCAAUCUAUUCUCCAAGUUAAAAAAACUAGAACAUUCAAUACUUUUGAAAUAAAAUAUACAUAAAGUAAACUACAAUAGGCUACACAAAUAAUGACUCAAUACUUAUUGAAACUCAAGGUACCGGUACCUCAAAUAAUGCUUCAUCAAAAUACAUGGUCAGAAUUUAAAUUAUUACACAAAUUUUAUAUCACACUCUAUAAUGUUAAAUAUUACUAUAUCUUUCUAUAAUGUAUCUGUUUUUAGAUUAAAAAACUUGGAAUUCCCUUGUCCGAAUAUGAGGGGAGAUCUUGGUUUCCAGAUGUGGCGGUACUAGGCCAAGCAGCAUUAUUUCUUCUCACAUCAGAGCAAAUUGAAUUAGACGCCGUAAAUAUGUAAUCCAACUUCUUCGAAAUUUCAGCAAAGAGCCUCCCAAGCCGAGUUACAUCAUAUCUUUCUAUUGACGCUACAGAAGUCCAUCGCAAACCAUCGUGUUGGGAGCACUGUUCAUUAAACAUCAACAACGCGAGCUCUUUAUUUUGGAAAGUGUUGUUCUGAAAGUCCAUGGAUAUCAGUUAAAAUUUUUCACAAACAAUUUUCUUCUAUUUGACUGAUAAUCGAGUUCCUUUGUGAAUUGGUGACUCUCAACUGAGUUGUGGUCUGGGUCUGGGUGUGGUUUCUAAUCGGAUCAGGCGUCUUGAAUAAUGGCUGUUUUUGUCUUCACCGAUAACAGACCCGAUCAUAGGUCUCUUGAAAAAUUGGGAUUCGUGGUUUGACCGAUGGAUGACCAUAGAGAACAUUGUAGCAUUGGUAUUACUCAUCGUGUUUUCAAGCCGAACACUACCUGCAAUUAUUGGGUCAUCCCAAACUUCCACGCGGCAUUUAUUCAUUAAUUUUGCUGUAUACCUAGUGUAAUAAAAUCAGUCAUAUCUUCAAUGCUCGCAUCCACAUUUACAGAAGUAUUCCCGCCUUCAUUCAUUUUGCUCAUUGAAGAAUUUUUGUUUCGCCAGGUCGCGUCAAAAACGUGGUGGAGCACCAAAGGUAGAUUAAAGCUUCGAUCACAAAUUACUUUUGAAGGUUUAAAGUUGAGCUUCAAUUAAUUUUUUCACAGUUUACAGCAUGAUAGUUUGUUUGACAUCAAAUGAGAUCGGACUCCUGAAUUACAAGCUUUAACCAGCAAUCUUCAAAGCUCGGAUAUUAUUCUUUCUCAAUCUCUCCACCUCCAGGGUGAAUAUUCUUUAUAAGACAUAUCUCUUACUUAUAUAAACGAUAUAUCGAUGGAUUUGAAGAAAAAUGAAGAUUUUAUUAUUGAUAGGAACAUUAUUGAAUGCAAUAAUGUCUUAAUGUGGAACUCAACUGAAAAUGAGUAAUCCAUGUGGUCUGGAGAUUGCCUAGCAGCCUAGAGGUUCCAGGUUCAAAUCCGGGUAUUAACACACGUUUUUAGCCAGGCCAUUCCCGUGUUAUCGGAUGGGCACGUUAAGUUGUCGGUCCCGGCUAAUAUAUAACAGUCGUGAGGCCCAUUGACGCCUCAAAUUAUGUACUCAGACCUCUCUACCAAUAAAAUAUUGUUAUUAGAACUACCGUAGGUUAUUAGGUUUACAGAAUAGUGAGAUUAAUAAUAUUCGGAUCGAGGAAUAAUAGUGAAUAGAUGGUUGAUGUAGAAUUGAUAAAUUAUAUUAUAAAGUGGAUGCAUUAUUAUGUAGGCCAAAUACCGUACCGACACCAACACUUUGAUAAAAAUAUGGUCAAUAAUAGUCUUUAAAAUACCGGUAUAACUUCAGGAUUGAAAGUUUGAAAAGUGAUUGAAGAUAAAAGUUAUGCAUUAAGAUUAUAUUGAUGACAUAAAAUACUAAUAAGCCGUUUAUAAUAAUAACAGGCUCCUAUGAUAUUAUGUUGGCUACAUGUGAAGCUUCCGCUUGCAUUGUCGCUCGACACGCUUCAAAUUCAAUCCCCGCUUGAAGCUACUUCCACCGCUUUACUAUGUUUUGUCCCUCAUUCUUUGUAGAAAAUAUCCCUGUUUUAAUAUAUUAUACAAUUCAUGAUUUUAAAAUGGAUUUUGAAUUUCAUAUUAUGUACCCUAAAAAAAUAUUGAUUUUCCAAUAAAUGCUCAGUAAACAACGGAA